AUGAAUUAUAUAAGUGUUGACUUUUGCUCUAAAAACGAAAUUUUGCUCUACGCACUUCCACCUCAUACCACCCACAUUCUUCAGCCAGCUAAACUUCCCUUUGCCAAACUUAAAAAUGAGUAUAGUAAAGGCUGUAAUAAAUUAUAUAAUGAUAAUGAAGAGUUAGCAACUAAGCAUACUUUCGCUAAAAUACUUGGACUGGUAUUUCUUGCGACUUAUACUUUUACAGCGAUUACCAAUGCUUUCAGAGUUACAGAAAUUUGGUCUUUAAACCCUAAUGUAAUUGAUUUUGAUAAACUUGAACCUUCUCUACCAACAGAACAAUUUAAAACCUUACCUCAACAAAUGCUUCCUAUUGAUACGAUGCCAUCUUCGCCCAGUACCACGUUAUCUUCUCAACCAACCU